CACGCAAAUAAAGAACUUCUCUGUUUCCUGUUAGAUAGCAUGUGUCAUAACGAAAUAUAAAACCAAUAAACAUGUCGUUAUUAUGUCUGUAGGAGACCCUAACAUGAACAGCUGCUGGUGUUCAGUGUUGUGAUACCAGAAGAUGGACUUGAGCAGGACUGUUCUGGUGACUGGAGGCUCUGGAUUCAUUGGCUCCCAUCUUGUGUGCUCGCUGGUCAUCAGACACCCUGACUGGAGAAUCAUCAACCUGGAUAUUCUGGAUUACUGCUGCAGCCCCAGGAGUCUGGAGAGUGUUGAAGACAGAGCAAACUACACUUUUAUCAGGGGAGAUGUGUGUAACUCACAGCUGGUAAAUCACAUUUUCAACACAGAAAACAUCGAUGUGAUCUUUCACCUGGCGGCCAAAACGCACGUCGAGUCGUCGUUUGAAACUCCGUCUGUUUUCCAGCGGGUUAACAUCGAUGGGACCAGAGUUUUACUGGGAGCCGCCCAUCAGGCUCGACACCAGCCACAGCGCUUCAUCUACGUCAGCACUGACGAGGUGUACGGAGCCAGUCUGGACCAGGUGUUUGAUGAGAGCAGUCCAGUGAGGCCCUCCAACCCGUAUUCUGCCACCAAAGCCGCUGCCGAGUACCUGGUCAUAUCCUACUGGGACAAACAUAAGUUUCCCAUCAUCAUCACCAGGAGCAACAACAUCUAUGGGCCCAGACAGUUCACUGAGAAGGUCAUUCCGAGGUUUCUCAGCCUCCUGCAAAUGAACAAGAAAUGCACCAUCCAGGGAACGCUCCCUAAAUCGCGGCAUUUCCUGUUUGUCGAUGACGCCAUCGACGCCUUCCUGCUGGUUCUGGAGAAAGGGAUUGUGGGAGAAAUCUACAACGUGGGAACAAGCUGCGAGAUUCCCAUCAUGCAACUGGCCAGGGAGCUUGUUAAGAUGGUCAAGAAUGUUCCAGACUCCGAGGUGAACGAUUGGCUCGAGUUUGUGCCUGACAGGCCGCGUGUCGACCUGCGCUACCCCAUCCAAUGUGAGAAGCUGCAGCAGCUGGGCUGGAGGGCGGAGGUGUCCUGGGCUGAAGGCAUCAGACAGACCGUCAAAUGGUACCAUGACAACCCAGACUUCUGGUUAGAUGCAAGAGAGGACCAAGAACAGAUCAGAAGCAGGCUUGGAAAAGACACAGAUGAAUAAGUGGGCUCACCUGCUGAAGACAGGACAGACGUCAUCCUCGCUGUAGGAAGUAGUUAUUUACUUUAUUGUUGGACCAACGGGAAGGCAGAGCCUCCCUUCAACCAAAGCAAAGUUUCACCUGGAAGUGAUGCACUUUAUUAUAAUAUUAAUUACUGAUUCAGCUGACGAGCAUCAUACUUGUGACAGAUCCUGAAUGUAUGUUGACGUUUGUUAAAUUAAGAGUCGUAGCACGUAGCUCUUAAAUCAAAUCAUCAGAUAUUCUGGUGGUCGGCUCGAAACAUUGAAAUCACAGGUUUUACAUUUACAUGCACUCAAGUAACGAGGUUACUCAGAGAAAUGAGAAAUAAGGCAGUAAAUCAGCUGCUUAAGUGCAUGUAAACACACCAGUAGCCUCAAAGGGAUGAGAAGGGAACUGUAGCAAAGUCAAUUCAUCCCAAUCAUUUGUUUUAUACACAUUCUACAGAGACAUUUUUCAUAUAUUUCUGUAUUUAACUGCAAUAAACUUGAUUAUUUUAAUAACUUCAAGGUGUUUUACGUGCUUUUCUCAAACAUC